UCCUGCCGCUCUCUCCCCUCCUGCCAGCCGGGCUGCGGGAAGGAGCCGGGUAGCGGGGUGUGUGUGUGUGUGUCUCUGUGUGUGUUUGUGUGAAUGGUGGAGGGGUGGGUGUCCCUCUGAGGAUCAGGGGACCAUGGCGACGACGGCGGAGAGCUCCAGGGCCAGGCAGGCUUUCCUCGAUGCCCUGGAAGCCAACGACACGGGGAAGCUGCAGGCCAUGCUGGCUCAGAGGCUGGUGGACGUGGACACGGUGUUUGAGGUGGAAGACGAACAACUCAUCUUGGCCUCCUACAAGCAAGGACACUGGUUGCCGAGCGACAAGCUGAAGUGUUCCUGGGCCACUGGGGUCCACCUGGCCGUGCUGCUGGGCCACGUGGAGAGCCUGCGCCUGCUGCUCGCCCACCGCGCCGCCGCCAACUGCCAGCCCAAUGGCAAGACCCCCCUGCACGUGGCCUGCCGCGUGGCCAACGCCGACUGCGUCCAGGUCCUCUGCGACCACGGGGCCCUGCCGGACCGCUUCUCCCUGGCCGGCCUGGCCCCGCUGCACUCCUGCACCUCCUCCAGCUCCGUGCCCUGCGCCAAGCAGCUCGUCUGGAGGGGGGCCUGCGUGAACCUGAAGACCAACAACCAGGACGAGGAGACGCCCCUGCACACGGCGGCCCGCUGCGGCCUGCCGGACCUGGUGUCCUUCUACAUGGAGCACGGGGCCUUGGUGGACAGCCUCAACGCCCACCUGGAGACCCCGCUGGCCCUGGCCACCCACUGGGCCCUGCGCUUCAAGGAGCAGGACUACAGCUCGGAGCACCGCCUGGCCUGCCGGCUGCUGCUGGACGCCAAGGCGGCCGUCAACGCCCGCGACGAGGACUUCAAGUCGCCCCUGCACAAGGCCGCCUGGAACUGCGACCACGUGCUGCUGCGCAUGAUGCUGGAGGCCGGGGCCGAGCCCAACCUCCUGGACGUCAACGGCUGCGCUCCCAUCCAGUACGUGCUCAAGGUGUCCUCGGUCAGGCCGGCGGGGAGACCAGAGCUCUGCUGUCAGCUGCUCCUCAACCACGGGGCCGCCAGGAUCUACCCCCCGCACUUUCACAAGGUGCUGCAGGCCUGCCACACUUGUCCGAGAGCAGUGGAAGUUGUGGUCAACACUUACGAGCACAUCGCGUGGACGGCCAAAUGGAAAUCGGCUAUUCCCGAGUCGAGCUUGGAAAAGUACGGGGACUUCUACCGCUCGCUCUUCGCCGUGUGCACCCGCCACUCGCCGCGUUCCCUCCUGCACUUGGCACGCUGCACCCUGCGCCAGGCCCUGCAACGCCACUGCCAGAGAGUGGUGCCCACCCUGCCCCUGCCCGCCACCCUCCAGCAAUAUCUGCUGCUGGAGCCCCAGGGGUUGCUCUACUGAAGUCCUGCACACCCGCCCGGCCGGGG